GUACGGUCGAAUUUAAACUGUGUAUUUAGGCGGGAAGCGUAGGACGCCAUUUUGUUGGCGUGUUUUGAUGAGGUAUAAUUGCACCUGAGAUUUUCCUGUUUUUGCACGCUAAAACGGGAAAACAAGAACAUCAUACCUGUUCUGAUCUCUUCUUGGAGCUUUUCAGAAGAUAUUCUGAGUGAGUGAGAGACCAUGUUCUAUGCCCAUUUCAUCUUGAGCAAGAAGGGCCCCCUGGCCAAGGUGUGGCUCGCUGCUCACUGGGACAAGAAGCUGACCAAGCAGCAUGUGUUCGAGACCAGCAUUGAAGGCAGUGUGGAGAGCAUUCUUCAUCCAAAGGUGAAGAUGGCUUUACGAACAUCAGGCCAUCUCCUGCUGGGUGUCGUGCGCAUCCACAACCGCAAGGCGAAGUACCUUCUGGCCGACUGCAACGAGGCCUUCGUCAAGAUUAAGAUGGCGUUCCGGCCUGGCGUUGUGGACCUCCCAGAGGAAAACCGAGAAGCAGCGGUGGCGACCAUCACCCUUCCCGAGGUGUUCCACGACUUUGACACCACAGUUCCUGACUUGAAUGACUUUGACAUGCAGGCGUUCACCAUGAACCAGAGCCGUGUGGAGGAGAUCACCAUGAGAGAGGAUGUGGGGAACAUCAACAUGAUGGAGACAGACGCCUUCGGUGAUCUUCCUUUCGACGACAAGGAAAUGUUGCGAGAUGCCAGCAACAUGGACGAGACCCUGUACAACACGGCUGACGCCAGCAACCUGCUGCUGGACAGCGAUCACAACAAGAAGGACGAGACGGUAGAGAAGCGCCACCCCGAGCUCAGAUAUGACGAUCCCAUCAAGGAUGACUUUGGUGGAGCUCCCGGAGACGGUAUCCUCGGUGCUGACUUCCUGGGUGCUACAGCUGGGGACUUGUUCGGAGAGGCUCCUGGUGCGACUGGUGACAUCUCCAUCGGACCUGAGAUAGCAGCAACACCCAUCCCUGAACAGGCCAAUGACAAGGAGCGUGCAGGUCCUAGCGGUGAGUUACAGCCAGACCAGAACGCCACAGCUGUCGCCGAUCAAACAACCCUGGUACCAAACGAACGAGAGGCGUUCGCGUUAGAGCCACUAGAAGUCACAGGUCCUGCGCCAGCCGUGGCAGGUGUGAAAGAGACCAGAGUGCGUAAGAAGCGGAAGCUGAUCGUGGACCCGGUGAUCGAGCUCGCCAGCUCAGAGAUCCGCGCCCAGCUGGAGGACACCUCGGACAUUGUGACGACCCUUGACCUGGCCCCGCCCACCAAGAAGCUGAUGCAAUGGAAGGAGAUGGGAGGAGUGGACAAGCUGUUCACCAUGCCGUGCAGGGCUGUAGGGGCCAAAGUCUUGUUAGCUAUUUUCCACAGAAAUUUGACGACUGUCAUCCCAGAGGACCUGAGAGAAGAGAAAGGAUCGACAGUCGAUGAUGAAGAGAGAAUGGAGACUGAGUCCACAGAGAUGGGAAGAGAUGACAUAUAUGACGAUGGCCCAAUGUCAUUCGGCGGUCCCGCGUCAGUGUCCAGCCUGGGCAGUGUUCCGGAGCCGCUGCCCAUGGGAGACGAUGAUGAUGAUGAUGACCUGCCUCCCAAGUCGGUGGAACCGCCGGAGGUGCCCGAGAGAAGGCCCUCGCCCGCACCGGAAGAACAGAACCAGCUGGGUGGAGUAGAAGACUUGUUUGGCGGGGCAGCAGACAGUCCUGCUGUGGACCUUCCCCCAAUGUCACCUGUCAAGACACCAUCAUCAUCACCCAGAAAGUCGUACCGUCCGCGAGGCGGCGGUGGUGGCGACUCCUCACACACCAACGAGACUGAGGAGGAACAGGAAGAGAGACGGCUGAACAAGCGCACCACACAGAUGCUCCACGUCAUGGACCGUACCAUGGGCAGCGCUGGGUCCAUCACUUUCUUCGAGAUGACGAAAAAACACACCCGGAAACAGGCCGCGUCCAAAUUCUACACUCUGCUGGUCCUGAAGAAACAAACCGCCAUCGAAGUCGAACAGAAAGAACAUUUCAGCGAUAUCCUUAUCACGAAGGGACCAAAGUUUAACAGUUUAGUCGGGGCGUAGUUAUCGUUACAAGAGUUUUAGAGAGUUAUCGUGUAUGUAGCUGUAUUUUAUUCAAUUCCUUUUGGUUACAGUUGUUGGAUACGUAAGUAAAUGUAGUCAUUAUUCGUGUCAGUCCCAUAGUCUUUCUCUAUUUUGUAACUGUGUGACAUGUACUUACCUAGAUGGGUUUUUUGUCUUUUUUCAAAUCCUGAUUUUAAUUUUUGGGUAGCUAAUAAAAUGAAAGGGUCCAAAGUUGUUCGAAUUGUAGACGUCAAGCAAUUUCUGUGUACCCGUUUUGUAUUGUAUAGAUAAAUAUGUAACUUGGUAACAUUUAUUUAAAAGAUAUUUUGUCCUAAAAAUAUCACCAAAAAAUAUCAGCGCUUUAGUUUUCUAUUGUAGGGCAGUGUAUUUGGCACACAUCUUAGUUUGUUUAGGACUCCCAUGUUAUGGUUAGAAAAAGGGGAAAACAAUGUUAUUUAAGUUCUUCACAAUAGACUCGUGGGUAUAGUGGAGACAUGGCAAAUGUUCUUCGUUUUUGGCCAUCUUUUUUAAGCUUCCUCCAAGGGACUCAACACUUAUUAAUGUAAAUUUGCUUAUUCUUACUGUGGGUUUUUUUUCUGUAGGGGGAAAAGUAGGUUUUUGCAGUGUUUUUUCAAUUCCUGGUUGAUACAAUUCUGUUGUACACCGUAGCCAUACAUUGGAAAUACAUAUCUAGUAUCUACAAUGUCAGGAAGUCAAACAACUCACUGCAAAAACUACAAAACUAAAACCGGUACCAUUGGAAAAGUUAAGGUUUACCGUAUUUGGCAGGGGGAGGAGGUAUGCUUCUUACAAAAGAAAAAAAAGACUUAACUCGAGACUUCCUUGUAUACUACAAUGUCUUAAUCAGCUUAAAUUGGGUCUUGUACAGUAAGGAUUUGUAGAUGCCUAUACUAGAAUAUAAAGGGUAGAAGUAGAUAUUGUAAAUAUGUUUCUGGAAACCUCCUAUCUGAGCCUUGUCAUAGAUUAUGUAACCUAGCCCCAGAUUUUUUUUGUCUCACCCAGUGUAAUUUGACCUAUUUUUAAUUAUUUUCAAUUAAAAUAAGAGUGACAUUUAUUGCCUGUCAAAAUUUUGCAUGAGCGACACUAAAGAUUUGGUAAAAUUACGGUGCUUGGCAAAAUCUUGAUACAUUUGAAGUCAACUUUUUUUCCUCUUCAUUCAAGACUAGUUUGGCUUUUCACAAUCCCAGGUAUAAAUACAGAAUACUAGUAAAACAAUUCAUUAUUCAGUGUAAACAUCAAUACAUACUCAAGGUAGACACAUUGUUAGACCCAUGUAUUCAGUUCUACUAUGGAGGUUUUUACAUUUUGUAAUAAAACAGCUCUUUCUAUGUGAA